CGCGGCGCGCGACGCGAAUUCGCGACGACGACGACGACGACGAUGCUCGCGAUGCCGACGCGGACGCCGACGGCGACGACGCGAACGACGACGAUGCAUCGAACGCGCGACCGCGCGACGAUUCGCGCGACGAUUCGCGCGACGAUUCGACGACCGACGACGGUUCGCGCGGCGCCGGGACGCGGCGCGGGACGACGACGCGCGAUGCCGACGGCGCGCGCGACGCGAAAGAGCGCGUUUCGAAGCGCGCGCGACGACGAGCGCGCGCGUCGGGCGGUGCGGCGAGACGCGAGACGCGAGACGCGGGACGACGACGACGACGACGCGAGACGGGAAGACGCGCGCGAGGGCGAAGACGCGGUGACGACGGCGCUGCGAGGGGUGUUCGCGCAGGCGUGCGGGUUCGUGCGAUGGGGACUUCCCACGACCGGUGGACUCGCGUGCUGGGCCGCGGCGGCGGCGAACGCGGGGACGGAGGGAUUGUUGAGCGCGCUGAGCGGGUCGCUCUUGGUCGGCACGACGCUCGGGGUGUGCGCGUUGAUUUUCGCCGCGGCGAGCGCGUGCGUCAGCGGGGUGACGCUGAUGUGGAUGUACGCGAAGCGAACGAUGGUGAACGCCGUCGUCGGGCGACGCGCGCGGGACGCGGGUCGGCCGCGGCGACGCGCGAGGUCGACGGCGACGCGCGAGACGGCGACGCUUCGUUCCCCUCGUCGAGGCGCGGCGGCGCGCGAAGACGAUCGAGGCGAACGCGCGCGGUUGGACGAGGGCAAGAGUUUCAGCUUUGGCGAGUGGCGACCCGAAGUGCCGGUGGUGGAUCCGCGGGCGCCGGGUAGGUGGGGCGGAAGAGACGGCGCCGCGGCGUCGAGCGACGAGUGGGGGACGCACAAGACUCCGGCGGAUUUCCGGCGAGAGAUGUCCUCGAUGGACGAUUCGAGCUUCGACGCGCGCGAUGGGCGUCGACCACCGUCCACGGGACCGAGUCAGUGGAAGUCUCGCGCGGCGUACAGACAGCACGCCGAGGGAUUCGACGAUCCCGCGCUCAACGGCGUCGCGGCGAGCGCGACGACGACGACGGCGACGACGACGACGACGGCGACGCGAGAUCCGCGCGAGGAGAUUUUGCGAAAGUUCGAGCCCAAAGAGCGUCUGUUACCGCGAACGCCGCCGAAACCGAAGCAUCAACACAUCUCCACCGAAGUCUUGAUCGCCAUGGGCGGCGCGUCGUUGGAGACGCACAUCGGAAACAACGCGCGAGAUAUUUUAAAGGCGUCGCGAGCCAACCGCUCGAGCAAGACGCUGUCCGGCACCGCCCCGCGCGGAAGCAUGCAAACGGUCAACUUGUUUGGAUUCGGAAGCAAAGACGUCGACGCGUCGCCGUCCUCUCGCGACGAACCGCCGCCGCCGCCGCCGCCGCGCGAGCGCUCGACGCCGUCGGACGCCGCGCGUCGCGCCAGGGAACGAUUCCAGCGCAAUCUCUCGUCGUCGUUCGAUCACGAGCCAUCGACGAGCUCGUCGUACGAAUCCGCCUUCUUCAACGAAAUGAUCGCAUCUUACGACGACGACGACGACGACGACGACGACGACGAGGAUGCAUCCGCGCGCGGUCUCCGCCGCGCGCGCUGAGGAUUUGGAUUUUCGUCAAACCGAGCCCCCGCGCGUGGCCUCCUUCCACGCAUUCCCCACCUCCCGACGCCCGGUCGCGUGUACCAUCAAGACG